AGUAGAAUCUACCUCAUCCUGGCCGUCGCUACUAUCGUCGUUAUCCGAAAUGAUAAAGGUACGCCCCCUGGCAGGAGUCGGCGUGGACGGUGGAAAAGAGACUGCUUUCGUUUGCUUGCGCCCUGCCCUCGUUGUGGUCUUCGCGGAUUUCGUAGUCUUCGAACUAGCAGCUCUGCCGUUAUCACUAGUAGAGCUACCUUUUGAAUUCGACUUUGUUGCCUUUUUUAUAGGUCGACGACCAACCGCUGGUGCUAGUCUUGCUUGCACUACGUUAUCUGGUGUGUCUUGAUGUAGAGGAUCCGCGAAACCGACUCGCAUCUGCCUGCGUCUGAGUCUACGUCGUCGAGAAUAUGGUGUAUCCGUUUCUAUAUCGGAUUUCAAUUCGGAUUCACUAUGACGAGGACUUGAUGACGGGAUAUUGCGGUUUGAUUGAUCGCGCGUACGGGCCAUUCCUAACAGAGUUUCGACUGCAGCUUCUUCUCCAGAGUCGUAUUCGUUGUUCAUCGAUCGAGAUAGUGCUUUGGAAUAUGCGAUACGACGCGAGCCUUAACCUGAAUAUGAGAAUAU